AGGGUAGGAAAAAGGAGGAGGAGACUCAUGCUGUGGAAGCAGUUGUACUACAAAUUCACUAGAAAAGAGUACUGUUCCAGAAACUUAUUUUUCUCUACAUGUCCUGCACUCCUUCCUGAGUCCAGUUUAGAGUUAGAUUUACCAUGUUGCCCCCAUUCCCAACAAAUCUUUUACAGACCCCACCAAGGUUCUUUUCUCCUUGUCCUUACUCCACCUUCUGCCACACAUACCACUUCUGACCUCAUAAUCCCUCAACUGCAGCCCAGGCCCCACCCCUAGGGACGUUGGUUAUCCACAACUGCCAAUAGCUCUCUCCUGUCUGCCCAGUCUGGGCCUCCUCAGCCUAUGUAAUCCAUCUGCCUCUCUAGUCCCCCAACACUAUGGGCCCGCUUGGCCCCUCAAAGCCUCUAGAACACCCUCUUUCUGCAUGACUCAUCAGGCCUCUCUCUGAAGAGUGAAAAGAUCUUGAGAGCAUGUUCAUCUUCAUCAAACAUGGAGAUAAUAAGGAGUUUCUGGUCAAUACCAAUUGCUCUGUCCUCCUGUUGCUGCAUUACAUCCGCAGCGAAAUGAAGUUGCCUAAAACAAACACCAUCGAUUUGUGUGAUGAAACGGGGAUAAUGAAGUUUUUCUUCCUGUCGAAGACACCUGGAGAAUACGCCAGCAAAUUCCUUACAGCUCGAAGCACCUACUACGUUUGUAGGGUGGACCGUGGGGCACCAGGAACCCGACUUGAGAAUGCCUACAAAGCUUUUGUGCCCCUCCUGAAGAAUCCAGAACCUGAGCUAAUUGACACCUUGCGCACACAGUGUGACGUCCUGGAGAAGAACCGAAUAAAAGCGCUUAAAAGCCAAGAAGCCAAGAAAGUCGUUCCAGCUGAAUCCCCCGUGAACGUCCCAUCCAAACCAUCGGGAAGAUCAUCUGAAGAGAGGCCCACUCGCAAGGGUCCAUUCUUUAAGACAAGAGCAGACUUUCUCAAUAGGAGGGAUAAACGUCGCUAAAUAAAGUGACCAAGUGAGAGCAGUAAUACUAGGUAUGAAAUUACUGGAAUUUAAUGUGAGGUUCCUUUUUCAAGAAAGACUCCUUCUCUCAAUAUCUGCACCAAGGCUUAAGUAAGCUCCAGGCACAGUGGAGGCUCUGAGGGUGGGUAGGAGAGGAGCGGCAGGAGAGGGCUGAGGUGGGCACAUGGGUGGGGAUGAGGAAAGACUGUGAAGUCUAGUACAAUGAGCCUUUGAGGGACAGAGUAGGGGGUGGCGUCUUCUCCAACCAGACUACCUCCCCUUGGCAGGCCUAUCAUAGCCCUCCUACUCCUGCUGGAGUUAGGUGACCAUGGGCAUCUUCCCUCCGCCCACCACACUCCACCACCCCUGCCUGUGAGAUUCCGAGAUUCCGACCCCUCACCUCUAUGCCUCUGGGCAGUCCCUGCAGUUAGCCAUUUGCCUUUCCCCUCUCUCCCCCUUAUCCGAGGGGAGCAGCGAGACAGCAGAAACCAGGGCUGGUUAUAGGCAUUUAUUGAAUUUAUUCAUUUAUUGAUUUGAUACACUUCCCCACUCCAAUCUAGCACAUGAUACAAUCUGGGUAGGCCAGGUGCUGACACAGGAAAUGAUGGGAACCCACAGCAGGGGCGGGGGAGGGGACAAUGCAAAGGGGACUGGGGGAGGGGCUGCUUUGGGGGCUGGGGUGGAGAAGGAGCCCCAGAUGGCCUCCCUGGCAGGUGCUAGUAAACCUGAUCCACAUUCCCCUCCAUCUCCACUCAUUUCCCAGACCCUCAGCCAAGCUCCCCAGCUCCCCCUUCCCUGUUCCACCCCUCCCCCGUCUGCCACCACACACUUCCACAUAACCCCUGUAGUCAGGCAAGGAGAAGAAGGGCAGGGACAGCUGUCAGGGGCCUUGAACAGGGAGGUCUCUGUGCCUAACUUUACCACUCUAAAUCCUUCCCUCCUUCUCUUCUCCCCACCUCCCAUUCCCUUCCCAGGCCACAAACUAAUUCCAGGCCUUCAAUGCACUCUCCCACUGUAGCACUAACUCACAGUGGCUUAUGUAAGAGUGUGGCUGCAUCCCAACACCACACACUCCCAGGCACAAGGUGACAGAAUGAGGGGACCUGGCUUAGCUUUCUCCUUAGGGAAACUCCAAACUAGUUCCACCAGACCUUGUUCUGACCUGGUCCACUUGGGGGCUCUUCCCCCUGCUGAGUACUGCUCCCCACCGCUGCUCUGUUGGCCUGGAGUUCUCUCCCCCACUUCUCCGUGUUUCUCCGAGUAAUGUCUGUAGUGUUUGCAUCAUGUCACUAUGACAAAGCCUUCAGAAAGAAAAAAGCGUUCUCCCCAUUACUAGCACCUUGCCACUGUUAAAAA